AUGGCCAUGUGGUCAGCCAAGGUGCAGGACGCCCUCUCGGAGCUCACCGCGGAGGAGGUGGAGGAGGCCGAGGAGGUGCUGUCCUCCGACCCCUCGGCGCCCGUCGCGCCCGGCGGCGGCAACGCGUCGAAGCUGCUCGCGCCGGACGGCGGCAACGCGUCAGACGGCGCCAAGAAGCACAGGGUGGCGCUGGACCCCCGGAAGUUCGGGGACCUCCUGGCGCAGGCGCAGAACAUGGACCUCGGGGAGGCUGACGGCUCCAAGUGCUGUCUGGAGGGCCCGAAUUCCAAGGUGCACUCCAGGAGCCGCGCCGUCAACAGGUCGCGCAUACUCGACAAGCUGAAGAGCAACGGGAACGGCAAUUACAGCAACGUGGACCCGGAGGAGGAGAUCGGGGAGAUGAUCGUGAAGGUGAACAAGGUGCUCAACGUGCUCAUGCGAGCCGGCCACCGAGGCAGCCAUCCGGGGCACCUGCGCAACAAGGUGCAUCCGGUCCACCCGCGCCCAGGAGGCUUCAAGCUCUUCUUCCAGUCGGUGGCGCUGUUCGAUUGGUGCUUGCUGUCAUUCUUUAUUGUCAUCUGGUUCGUGGCCUACUCGUUCUUGCUGAAGUGGAAGAACAGGAGGAAUUACCACGGGGCCACGCUGGGUGGCUGGCUGGUGAUGGCCGUCCUCUUCGGCCUCGUGAUCUGGAUGCGCCAGGGGGAGAGCAGCGCCACGCUGUGGGUCAGCGGCUUCAUCCUGGAGCUCAUCUUCCUCAUCGAGAACGUGUUUGUGUGCCCCCACUUCAUGUUCAGCGCCUCCCUACUUCAAUGCUUCUGCCCACCUCUGCCGGCCGACGUGUGA